AAGUGUCACUCUCUCUUCCACCCGCGUUCGCGAGCUUCAGAUUCCCGCCUGUUGUGUAGCGAGCUUCUCUUCCACGAAGGGACUAUUCGUUGCAAUACAUGGUAUUAUAGUUUAAAUCUUGUUUCGUAAUUCUGUUCAGUUCCCCUGUGCUCAGUUGAAAGUGUAACUUAAACAUUUCACAUAAAUCCUAUGUGAUGCAAUGCUACUGUUGGUGCUGAGGUGAAAAGAGAGACGAACGGAAAAGUAUGUACAUCAAAUCCGGACACCGGUUUCUAAGUGACAAAGGACAGAUAAUAUUCCCUGGGCCGCCGACACGAUCCCCUGCGUUGUACUAUCAGCAAAGCACAACGACAACCAUCACUACAAGCACCACAACAACUAUGGCAUCGAAUCCGGAAUUAGGCGUUACGGAUGAGAAUGGCAACUAUAUCGUGCCCGAUAUGUGGCAGAGCAAAUCCAGUUCCGGUAUGGAUAUGCUGUCGGACAAAAUACAGAUGUUCUACAUCUACAUUACGGUGACAAUUACGUCGGUUUUCAUAUUAGUCAUCCUCGCGAUCUUCGGUUAUAUGUGCUACAAGAGGAAAGGGUUCCAGAACAUCGAAGGUCCACAGGAAGCGAUUGAAACCACGCGUCGGAGAAGCAGCAGCACACAACGAUCUACUCGUCGGUACUCGCGUAACAUAUCGAAGGAACGGGAGGCGGCAGCGGCCACGGAAGACAAUCCUGGACAAACGUUGCUGCGGUAAACCGACGGAUUUGUGGCUCGAAGGUGGAACGAUUUUCUGAUGCCACUCUUUACAAAUCAUCGCUUUUGGAAACGGUUUCUGAAUAUUUUUUCGAUCUAAGACUUGUUAUUGUAAAUUCGAAAAGAACAUUUGUAUACUAAUGUGUAAAAUGAUAAAUAAAGACUAUACUCGAUU